AUGAAGAGGCAGGUUGAGAACAGGGAAAAUCCUGUUGCUCCUCCAACACCAUCGACCACUACUCCGAUAAUUGAAGAAGUGGUACAAGAAAAAGUGGCACCGCCACCAAAUCAAGCUCCCAACACGAAUUCAGCAUCGAAUUCAUCCAAACCCGCAGCUCAAAGGCAUCGUGCUUCGAUUGCGUGCGCGUCUUGUCGGGAUCGAAGAAUACGAGUAAGCUGAGGUCCCCAGAACUGGUUUUUGUUCUACCAGGAAUUGAUUGCAUGGCUGACUCUCCAAGUGCGUUGUACCACCUGGAGAACGAGAUUGUACUCAGUGCAAACGCUCGAAAACCGAAUGUAUAAUAAGGAAUGAUGAUGAGAGACGAAGGCAGGUUUGUUCUACAAAAUGGAUUGAUGAAGUAACUAACGAGCCAGACCCAUAUCCAAGGCCUACAUGUCUUCCCUAACAGAUCGAGUGGCAAUGUUAGAAGAAAUGUUGUCUGAGACAGGAACACCUGUACCUCCCCCAAACUAUCCGCCAAAAACGAAAGCAGACGCGGUAGCGUCACAAGUGAACUCAAGCGAUGCGGUACGAAGUCAGAGUCCAAAUCAGAAUCAACAAUCCCAGAUUCAGCGACAGCAAGAUUCUCAGCCUGUCCAAAACUCCACUCCUCGCAGUAUGCCAGACGAGUCUACGGACGGUGAUAACGGAUAUCAGAAUGAAGACACUUCAAAUAGCAUCAUGGAUGCCCGUCCAUCUCCACCAAGGGUUCCAGCGUCGAAAAAGGAGGGGUUGGUGCACAUGCUUCUUUCAACUCGUGGGCACUUAAGUUUCGAUCAGUUGAGUGGCCGCUUGAGAUUUUUUGGGCCUGCCUCAAAUUUUCAUAUUUACGCGGAGAACGACAACUCCCCCGAUAUCCGCGAAUCGCCAGAACAGGUUCGCCGAACAGAGCGCAUUAUUCGAUGCUUAUCUAUAGAAACACACGACUAUCUAUUGGGUUUAUUUUGGGAACACUACAAUGCUGUACUUCACAUUGUUCAUCGAGAGGCAUUUACUGAAGAUAUGUAUCACGCGCACAGCAAGUAUUACUCUGGCUUUCUGCACAUCUGUAUUUUAGCUAUGGGAUAUAGAUCUGCAGAUCUCGAACGACAAGAUAUGAAGAAUAUUACAUUGGGUAUCAGAGAAUGUACAUUACAUAGAGAAGCUAAGUAUAUGUUGGAUAUGGAGUUGGAGAGACCGGGCGGUAUAGCUUCGGUGCAGGGGUUUUUGAUUCUGGGUGAUCUUGAGUGUGGCGUUGGUCGAGAUAACACCGGAUGGAUGUAUGCUGGUCAGUAUUUGUUUGAAAAAAGACCAAGACUUCAAAGAGUAUGCUAACACCAGAGAAGGAAUUGCAAAUAGAUUGUGCUUUGAUCUUGGACUACAUCUGGAUUGCCAAGAUGAUGGACUUGACGAAAAGGAGAUACAACUCCGACAUAUGACUUUGUUCGCUUGUGUAAUAUACGACAAGUAAGCUUUGUAAUCCUCCUGAGAAGAAGUAUUAAGUUGAUCUUUACAGAUAUUGGGCUCUCUUUCUUGGACGACCAACAGGUAUAAAGAGCCAAGACCUCGAAAUGUACCGGCUCUCUAAACAGUUUGCCUGUUUAUCAUCCUGCCAACCAGCGGGAGCCCAGAAGAGCCUAGAAACACAAAUAUAUGAAGAGCUUUUGGAUUUGAUGGAACUGGCAGGAAAAAUAGCUGAGAUCCGAGAUUCUGGUGCUCAAGCGACACAAGACGUAGACAGGGCCAAUAGCGCUUACUUGUAUGUCAUGAAUCUUGACCGCCAGCUUCAAACAUGGUAUCGAAGGCUACCCGAUAACCUUGCAUGGAAACCUGAGAAUAUUCAGACUGCACCCUUCUCUUUCUUCCUUCUUCAUCAACAGUAUCAUUGCAGUCUAAUUCUUUUACACCGACCUUGGGUAAGGUACGAUGAUUCGACGCCUCCCAAUUCUGAUGACGGCAGCGAUGAGGAUACAUACAUGAAUAUCGACGACAAUCAUUCCUUCAUGUCUCGUUCCAUCUGCACCAGACAGGCAAUUCGCGUAGCGCGGAUAUUCUGGCAUCACCGCCAGAGAUUCGACACCCGCCUCAUUUUUAUUACUGGGAUUCAGCAGGCUGGCACGGCAGCUACCGCCCUCGUAGCAGCACUCGCAUUCAUCAAGAAUGUCAACGACCGAAAAUAUAACAUGCAAUACCUUGAAUGCCUCGCUUCAGCACUGGAUGACAUGUCAUAUACUUACCAACCGGCCGCCUCCAUGUCCUCCAUCCUCCAAGCAGUGAUGAUCGAGCUCCAAAAUUCCAGCUCGAUAACUCCACCACCUCCAGAUAUCCGACACUCGCCCCAACGACGGGAGAGUACUUCCAUUCCCGCGCGUCGCUCUUCCACAAAUGACGCCGCAGAAGUCCGAACCUUCAAAAAACGUCAACUAUCAAAAUCCUCCACCAGACCUUUAAGAAUGUCAGCAACCAUCUCUAUACCGGAAGCUUCCAAAACUCGAACCCCCAAAACCACCUUCCCACCUCCAGGUCCCGAAAAGGCUGACAAGGAUUUCGUGAUGAUCACUCCUCGGAGUGAGAGGACAGCGUGGCCGAUGCUGAACAACGAUAUAAAUUCCUUGGAUUACCCGAUGACAUUCAGUGGUGUGGGAAUGGGCAGUGCGCCUUUGGGGUGGUUGGAAGGUGGGUUGAGUCCUUUUGGAGCUGGGAAU